AUGACGGCGACAACAAAGAGAAAGCAACGAGAAAAAGAGCGAAAGACAGAAAAGCAGAAGGGUAAAGAAGGAAAGAACGAAAGAGAAAGCGAGCAGGGCUGGAGGGCGCCGGCCGUGCUGGCGCUGCGCGGCGAGAAAGAAAAGAAAAAAGAAAAGAAAAGAAAAGAAAAGAAAAGAAAAGAAAAGAAAAGAAAAGAAAAG